CUGUGGAAACGGGAAGCUCAAACUAAAGCAGAAGGAGAAGACGCUAAUCUCCGUCAUUUUUGAUUCUCGGCGUCACAUUUUAACGAACUCUUCCACCACAAGCGACGAAGUAGAAAAUGGGCUGUUUUUUCUCCAAGAAAUCCACGAAAAGAAAAGAAGAAAAAGAAGAUGAUUUUAAACCAACGACGAGCAACGCGAUUCCGCUGGGAAACAACAGCGACGAAGCUCCCAAACAGUACAGCUGGGACAAACGAGAAAAAGUGGAUCCUAAAGACUUCAUGCUGACGGGCCUCAGAGACGUGACGGUCGGUCGACUCCCAGGAAAGCUCAACGGCCAGCAGUUUGUGAUCCAGGAGUGUGAGAACUGCGACAUCUACGUGUUGGACCAUUCGGCCGCCGUCACCGUGGACGACUGCGUCAACUGUCGCAUCGUCCUGGGCCCUGUCAAAGGCAGCAUCUUUUUCAGGGACUGUAAGGACAUCAGGUGCGUGGUGGCCUGUCAGCAGUUCCGCACUCGCGACUGUAAAAAGAUGGACGUCUUCCUGUCUUGUGCCACGCAGCCCAUCAUCGAGUCAUCAACGGGAAUGAAGUUUGGCUGCUUUCAGUUCUUCUACCCAGAACUGGCGUUCCACUUCAAAGACGCCGGCCUCAGCAUCUUCAACAACAACUGGAGCAACGUCCACGACUUCACGCCUGUGUCUGGAGAGAACAACUGGAGCCUGCUGCCCGAGAACGCCGCCGUUCUGGACUACGUCCACGCCCCCGACCCCGAGUCGGAGUUCAAGGCGGUGCGGAUCUCCACGGAGCCGGACCGCAGCAUUGUUCCUCUGACCAAAGGAGGGCGCCGCAAGGACAGUGAGGAGUCCUGUCUCUUUGUCUUCUUUGCUGGAGAAUACGCCACCGCCAAUGCUCGCAAACUCAUCGACCAAGCCACAGCCAAUGGUUUUGUUCUGAUCCAGACCAAAGAAGUUUCCAUGAGACCUGAAGAUGUGAAGAGAGUUUUCCAGAACAGUGCAGAGGAUUUGGUGGCGUGGAUCACCAAAGGUCCAGUGAUUGCUCUGGAGCUAAAUGGCGUUGGUGUGGUGGAAGCCUGUAAGAACAUCGCCAACGAGGUCUUCAGUGGCACCAAGGUGUUUGUGUCUGAAAACAAAAACACUUCGUCUCGAGAUGUGGACAACUUUUUCAACUUUGCUGACAUGCAAAUGGGCCUGUGACCAAACCAACACUUUAUUUACCUCUGUUCAACUUCUACAAGAACUCAGUUAAAGCUAAAGGAACAGUUCAGGCUUUAUUCUCGUGUCAGUGCCACCUGCAUCUGGAAACAGCCUCAAAACCAACAGCGGAAAGAGCGGGCUAUUAAAAAUAUUUCACACAAUGAGAUGGAAGCAGCAGCAGUAGAAACAAAAGUAGCUUGUCCAUGUGAGCUAAAAUCACUGAUUUUCUCUAUGGACUUUGGUCUGAGCCAAAUUCUUUUGUCAAGAUUUUAGACAAAACAUUUUAGCCUCCUGAGUCUCAGGGUUUUUGUAACAGUGGGGGUGGGGUUGGGUUGGAGGGGGCUCCUCUGACAGGGCAAAAACGCCUGACGCGUUCCUUAGAAGACUAGAACAAUCCAACAUGUUCUGUUUGAGCCUGUGAAUUCGCUUCAGCUGCUGUGAAUAUUUGAAUGUAUUUGAGUUGAUGUUUAUGAUUUGUUUUAUGUUGUUUUUUUUCCUGGACAAUGAAAGUAGAAAUUUUAACGGCCAUUUUUAAAACACAGUUUUUUGUGUCUAAGAUGAAAAAUGGUUCAAUUUAUAAAUGUUUGUUUGGGUGAGUGUGAACAUGCUGUCGAUGUUAAAAAAAAAGUGCAGAGUCAUGGAUGUAGAUGCUGUAGAAGAGUCACGUGGUUACUGGGGCUUUCAUACCAAACUAUUUUUAAAGUGUUUUUUUUUUUUUUAUAUUAGAACUGUUUUGUAGAGGAAACAAUGAAAUGUGUAUCGUUUUUUAGUAAAAGUGUCAUUUUGUUUGACUUUGUU